AUGGCGCCAAACACCCCAACCGAGCCGACACCGGGCCCGGACCAGAAGACGCUGCACGUCUGGUCGAAACCGAUAGAGCAAAAGGACGGGCAGGGCCAGGAUGGAGCAGGGACGCCCAGCCCGCAGGGCCGACCGACAUUGACAGAUGCCGUCGCCACGAUAAAGACGGAGGAUUUCGCAAGCGUGGCCAGCACGCCGUGCGCGCGCAACGGCUUCCUGACGGGAAUCGCCUCGGGCGCUGGCGUCGGAGGCUUGAAAUUUGUGCUUGGAGGAAACGCAAUCAAGGCUGCAAACUGGGCCGUGGGGAUAUUCGUCCUUGGCAGCACCCUGUCGUACGAAUACUGUCAAUAUCAACGGCGCGUCGAGAAGAUACAAAUGAAGAGGCACAUUGAGAUUGUCUCGGAGAACAGAAGAGAGCAGGCGCGCAAGCUGGCCGAGGAGAAAAAGGAGAAGCUGAGGAUAGAACAGGAGACCAAGGCCGCGCAGAAGCCCUGGUACAAGGUUUGGUAG